AUGUCUAACCAUAAUCAAGUAUUAAGAAGAUCAUUAAACGAUGCUGUGACGACUUCAAAUCGUGUUGCUGCUGGAACAGGCAGUGUAGGAUCAGCUUCGAAUCAACUUAAUUAUCCUCGUGGAAUAUUUGUCGAUGUCAAUUUGGAUUUAUAUGUGGCAGAUGGUUUUAAUAAUCGUGUUCAGUUGUUCCAGUCGGGAGAAUCAAAUGGUACCACAGUAGCUGGUGAUACAUCACUAAAUCCAACAAUUACACUUUUUCGGCCAUGUGGAAUUAUAUUAGAUGCUGAGAAAUAUUUAUUCAUUGCGGAUUAUGGCAAUAAUCGCAUUGUUGGUUCAAGCUUGAAUGGUUUUCGAUGUUUAGUUGGAUGUUAUGAAAGAGGUUCACAAUCCAAUCAAUUGGAUAGUCCAUAUACUGUUAGUUUCGAUCGUUCGGGAAACAUGUUUGUUACUGAUAUAGGAAAUCAUCGAAUUCAGAAAUUUUUACUGAUGCAAGAUUCUUUUGUUCUUUCAUAUAAUCAACCAAAAUUUUGUUCAACAGCCGUUCGGAAUUUCAACGGAAUUACCAUUGCUAAUCAAUCGAUUGUUGGUGAAUAUCCUAGCGCCAUUUUUGUGAGCACAAACAACACAAUCUAUGUUGCCAGUCGACAAAAUAACACAAUUGUAAUUUGGCAUGAAGAGAGUGUCAAUCCAACAAAGAUCAUUUCUGGCAAUUUUACAAGACCGUCGUCUCUUUUCGUAACAUCGAAUGGUAAUAUUUAUAUUGAUGAUGGUGAGGAGAAUGGCCGAGUACAGAAAUGGAUACCGAAAACAAACAUCUUUGUCACCGUGAUGAAUGUCAACUCAUCAUGUUAUGGUUUGUUUAUCGAUAUCAAUGAUACUCUUUAUUGUUCAAUGUCUAACCAUCAUCAAGUUGUGAAAAGAUCAUUAAAUGAUUCUAUGAUGACUUCAAAUCGUGUUGCUGCUGGAACAGGCAGUGUAGGAUCAGCUUCGAAUCAACUUAAUUAUCCUCGUGGAAUAUUUGUCAAUGUCAAUUUGGAUUUAUAUGUGGCGGAUUGUGGAAAUGAUCGAAUUCAGCUGUUCCCGUCAGGUGAAUCAAAUGGUAUCACAGUAGCCGGGCAAUAUUUAAUACCAGAUCUAACGGUUGAACUUCGUUGUCCAACUGGAAUCAUAUUAGAUGCUGAGAAAUAUUUAUUCAUUGCAGAUCAGAAUAAUCAUCGCAUUGUGGGCUCAGACUUGAAUGGUUUUCGAUGUUUAGUUGGAUGUUAUGAAAGAGGUUCACAAUCCAAUCAAUUAAAUCAUCCAUCUAGUUUGAGUUUCGAUCGUUCUGGAAACAUGUUUGUUACUGAUGGAGAAAAUCAUCGAAUUCAAAAAUUUCAAUAUUUCGAAGAAUCAUGUAGUAAGUUUAAAAUGAUCGAAUAA